GCGCGCUAGCGUGCGGUUCGGGUUCGGGUUUUGGUUCGCAACUCGGAUACGGGCAACGGGCUUAAUGCAGCUGGGCUCAAUGCAUUCAAGCAUUGUCAUAUAGAGCUGCGAGCUGUGAGCUGUGAGCUGAGAGCGGCUAGCUGGGAGCUGCUUGGCCAGUUGUUGUAAUCAAAUGAACGCAGUGUCCAGCGUCCAGUGCUCGUAGCAAUCGCUGGGCGGGGGCAUUUGGCAACGUGGCUGGAUUCGAUCGCGACCUCGCUGGGCCGGCUAUAUACUUUAGUGUCGUCUGUUGUGUGUGUGUUGCGUGUCAGUCAAGAAACGAGUUGAGUUGAGUCGAGUUGAGCGGAGAUUGGCUAGCUCAAGUUCUGUGGCGCUGUUACCUUAGUCGUGACAUCGAAUUAUAAUAAUUAGCAUAUGGGGAUAUAUUGGCAGUUAAGCGGCUCUCCACAUUCCAGCGCAAGUGGAAAUUUUGAAUGAAUAUAAACAAAAAAGCGCACAGUUGAAGGAAAAUUUCGAGCAAACAUGUCGCCGGCAACCGAGCCACCUGCCAUCAAUCAGAACGUGUCAGCAAUUAGCCAGCUGUUUGGGGCCCAGCGCGAUCCACUGGCCAUUGUCAUACCCGUGACGGUGGUCUACUGCCUCAUCUUCCUGACCGGCGUCGUGGGCAACAUCAGCACCUGCAUUGUGAUCAAGAAGAAUCGCUCCAUGCACACGGCCACCAACUACUAUCUCUUCUCGCUGGCCAUAUCGGAUUUCAUGCUGCUGCUCUCGGGUGUGCCGCAGGAGAUGUACUUCAUUUGGUCCAAGUAUCCGUAUGUAUUCGGCGAAUACUUCUGCAUCGGCCGUGGCCUGCUGGCCGAAACAUCCGCCAAUGCCACCGUAUUGACCAUCACAGCAUUUACCGUGGAGCGCUACAUGGCCAUUUGCCAUCCGUUCCUCGGCCAGGCCAUGAGCAAGCUGAGCCGCGCCAUCCGCAUCAUAUUUCUCAUCUGGCUGCUGGCCGUGCUGACGGCCAUACCGCAGGCGGCACAGUUCGGCAUCAACAACUACGGCGGCAUCGACAAGUGCGUGGUGGUGCGCGUCAUAGUGCAGCACUCGUUCCAGCUGUCCACAAUCAUCUUCUUUUUCGCACCCAUGUCCAUCAUCUUGGUGCUGUACCUGUGCAUUGGACUGCAUCUCUACCGAUCGAGCGUCAUUGGCGGCGGUGGCGGAGGCGGGGGCAGCGGUGGCGGCGGGGGAUCGUCAGCCGGCUUUGGCUACAGCGGCGUGCGGCUCCAGAAGCAGCAAAUGAAGGCGGUGCAAAGUGAUACGGUACUCUACCGCUAUGCCGGCUCCAGCUCGACUUUGGCGAACAGUUCGGGGCCGCAGCUGAGUUCGGUGCGAGGGCGACUGAAUCAUUAUGGCACGCGCCGAGUGCUGCGGAUGCUGGUUGCCGUCGUCAUCUGUUUCUUUCUGUGCUGGGCACCAUUUCACGCGCAGCGUCUGAUUGCCAUUUACGCGCCAGCGCGGGGCGCCCAGCUCCAUGAUCAGCAUGAGCUCCUCUACACGGUGAUGACAUACAUUUCGGGUGUGCUCUACUAUCUGUCCACUUGCAUCAAUCCGUUGCUCUACAAUCUGAUGAGCAACAAGUUCCGCGAGGCCUUCAAAGCUGUGCUGCUGGGCAAGAAGUACUCGAAGGGCUCGUUGAACUCACGCCAUCAGCCGGAGUCGCGUCGCUUGCGGCGCACAACAACCCUCAACUCGUCGUCGCAGACGCAACGAGAUUCCACUGAGUCGAAGCACACGCUAAUGCAGAUAGCUCUAAAUGAACGCCCGCUGCCGGCAAGGUCGCAACUAGUUUCGUAAUUUGCAAUGCACAAUGCACUGCUAAUUAUAGUGAAUUCAUUUAUCGAUAUUCAUAUAUCGUUUUUCUGUUUACUUCUAGUGUUAACUUAUUGUAAUUUAUAAUUUUUUGCUCCCCCUAUGUAAGUCGCUUUAGUUUUUAUAUAAAUUCUAAGCUAAUUUGUU